AACAAAUCUGUUGUUGAGGACUGCCUAAGAAGAGAUGGUUCGAAAACCAUUGUUACGAACUUUGAUCCAGAGUCACGUGAUGAGCGUGAGAUCGAAGCAACUGCAAGUGGCUUACAAGCGUCGGUGAAUGCUACUCCUACGAGAAAGGUCGUGUCGCAGUGGGAGAAGGAUGUCGACGAUAUCGAAGGCACUGCUCUGGAGCAGCAACGGAUUCAGGAACGCCUCGGUGAUGUUACUGCGCAAGCAAAUGCUAUCCAGGCAAAAAUCCGAGAAACAGAACAGAGUAGUUCGGAAGAGCAAACCUUAUUGGAGACGUAUAUGAAUCUCACCAAUGAAAAGAAUCAUUUGGUUGGACGACAAGAAUAUUAUAAUAUCAUCGAAAAUAUCAGGGAAACGAGUCGUCAUAUCGCUGAUCUGAAUGAACAACUUGAUAACAUGACAAAAAGUACCCCUGAUGGUAAGCUUUGCUUUUUCCCCACAUUUUUCGAGAGAAGUUUUGGCAGUAGUGAUCCUUUACUGCCAUGCCGUUCGAAGUUUUGA